GAGGUACAUACCACCACUCAGUCUCCUGCACGUCUUUGCAUUGCAUAGGCCCGGGAAGCUUCAUUUCUCUACGCCUCGAGCGCCGCUUCGUAUCCAGGCCACCGCCCGACGCCUCCUGAGAUCGCUCUGGAACCCUCUCCGCAACAUGUCACAGCAAGCGUUCCCGCCGAUCCUUCGCCUGUACCUCCCAACCUCUGGGUGGGGGAGCACAUCCAGACGGCAGCAGCUCUGAUCAUUGGGGACGAGAUCCUAAAUGGCAAGACGCUGGAUCGCAAUUCCAACUACUUUGCGCGUUUCUGCUUCGAGAACGGGAUAGACCUGAAGCGAAUCGAGGUAUACCGGAUGACGAGGACGACAUGUGCCGUUGAAGCGAGUCGACGACUGGUGAAAACGUACGACUUCGUUAUCACGUCCGGAGGUAUCGGCCCCACACACGAUGACCCUUCGCGGAUGACAUCCAUGAGCCGGCACCGCGCCGACAUCAUGAACCAGACCGCGGAACAACGCGAGGCUCGCGAGCGGAUGGCGCUCUUCCCUGCGGGAGCCGAGGCGCUCUUCAUCGCGCCGGACGUGUGGGUGCCGACCGUGCGCCUGGAGGGUAAGCUCUGCAGGAUGAUCGACGGGCUGAAGCCCUAUCUCCCGCUCCCGCCGCUGAGCGAGCGACCCUUCCGCCUCAAUAUUCACGACUCAUCCAUCGCCCCAUACCUCACCGAGCUGCAGGCGCGGACGAAGGCUGCGGGCGUGCGCGUCGGCUCGUACCCCCUGCUCAUGCGCGGCGUGUAUGUCGCGCUCAUCGGACGCGACGAGGCGGCCGUGAAGGUGCUCGCGACGGAGGUGGCGGAGAA